UCCUUGAAGGUACUGUACAUGCUGAUUUUCACAUGAAAAUAUUGUUAAAUGUAGAUAAUAGGACUUCUGAAUAGCUUAAUUUUUCAUAUGAUCCUUAGUUGAUUAAAAUACUUCAUUUUGUUUUACUAAUGAGAGAGAAAGAAGCGUAAAAGUCAUAGUUUUAAUCUUAAUAACAAAUAAGUGCUUUUCAUUAAAGGUUUUAUGAGCUGAAUAGCUUAGAUGGAGCUUUCAGAUGAGCACUAGAGGAACUAUCUCAUAAUUUAAGCAAAAAAAAAUUAACAAUUUUAAGACAUUAAGACAAGCCAAUAGAAAUUUAGCCCUCUUUAUAUCAAAAAGAAUUGUCCGAUUUAGACAAACAUCACAUUAGAAAAAAUUAUAAUAUCUAAUCACCAAUCUAUAAUCCACCAAUAUAAAAAAGACCCUAGCCAUGAAUAUGGUUGGAUAGUGGUUGUUUCAUGUCAAUUGUGAUGUUUGAUUUGAGUAUUUUUGGAAUGUAUUUCCUCCUAAAAUGUAAAGUUAGUCUGAAUAAUUAUUUUCAUUUUCUAUUUUCUCUAAUUACAUCUUUACAUAACUUCUCUAAAAUAUUCUAAAAUCCAAAGAACCAUCAAUCAUUCAAACUUCUAUCAUCAGCCUCUCUCCAACUCUCAAUCCACCUUUUACUCACUCCACUUUAUAUAAUGUUACCAACUUCUGAUCCAUAUUCAGCCACCUUAAAGCCUAUUUCUCAUCUCCACCUUCUCAUUGCCUAAUAAUUUCUAUUUAGAUAACAUGCACAAUUCCGACUGGAACAGAUGACUAAUGGUGAAGCAGGAAGGGAAGGAGGAAGAAGGAUUGGAAGGGGUAGGGAGGAAGGAAGUGAGGAGGUGUGGAGGUGGGAAAUGAGAGAGGGGGAUAGGGGAGGGGAAGGAGGGGAAGGAGGGAAGUGAUGGGUCUGAAGGAGAGAAGGUUGAUGAUGAGUAUGAGAGGUUUAGAUGAGUUGUGCAAGAAAAAUUGGAUGGGAGAUUAGAAGCUCUUGAUAAGUAUUUGGAUGAGAAUGAUGCGUAUUUUCCGACAGAAAGGUUUAUUAAGUCUAUUUCAAAAUUAAAAUCAUCUCAAAAUUCCAAAACCUCUGAACUUACAGAGCAGAUUUCUUCUCUCUCCAAAAAUUUCCAAGACUUAGAAGCAACUUAUAAUAUGAAAAAUGCAGAAUACGAGAAAUCACAAAAAGCCUAUUCUAAAUCCCUCAAUCCUUUAAAUCUCAACCACAUCAAAACUACUUAUAAUCCUGAACUUCAAAACCUAAAAUCCAAAAAUCAAGAACUUCGUCAGAAGCUCAAAAUGAAGAACCUAAAUUUGACAAUUAUCAGGAACGACAUUAAACAAAUCAUCUCUGAUCAAAAGAACCAAACUCUUGCUACUUUAGACCUCAAACAGAACCUCCAGGCCAAACUUGAAACUCUCCAGCUACAAAAAGAAGUUCAAGACCAGCUAAUGGUCAAUCACAAAAGUGACUCCAGGCAUUCAGACAGAGAAUCCAAUUUGCUUCAGGUAAAGUUCAAACACAGCCAAGGCAAGAUCAAGGUCUUGGGCAAGAGAGCCCAAGCUCUCAGGCACCAGAUCAUGGAACUAGAGUCUGUAUAUGAGCCAAAAAUUGAAGCCAUGAAGGAAGAGCUGACUAACCAGAAAGCCCAAAUAGACUCUUUACAGCAACAAUUCGAGAAAACUGACCAAGGAAAUGAUAUUUUAAAAUAAAAUUUAUGCCAAACAUCAGAAAAUGUCUGAUGCUCUGAAGGGAUAUAUCAAAACUAAGGAGAAACUUCGAGAGAAGUACUCUGCAUUGGUCUCUGAAAAUCCUCCACUAGAUCCUGCACAGAAUAAGGAGUUUCAGGGGUUUAGGCAGGAUGAAGAUAUCACAAACUCUUUGAGCCAAAUUCUCAGCCAAAUCAACUCUGGUGAAUGUAAGGAUCCUGAAAUUUUAAACUUAUUGCCAAGCACCCAGGGAGUUUCUGAUAAGUCAUUACAAGUUCAGGCAGAGGUUGAACUGAGGGAACACCUUCUUGAAAUCAGUAAGGCUUCAGAGAUCUCCAAAGAAAUUCAUGAAAUCUCUAUCCAAAUCGAGAAUCUCACUAUCAGAAAGAAAGGGACUAAUGCUAAGGUGCAACAAAUUGAGGAUGAGAUUUGUGACCUCAACAGUCAACUUCAAUCAAAAGAUCAGAGGAUCAAAGAGCUAGAAGCUCUUUUAAAGAAGUCUUCGUCUGCAGUGCUCUCCAAAUCAAUCCCAAAGAUCCAUGGAAACCAAGUAGAUCAAUCUCAUCGUGAAAAGAAGAAUAAAAGAUCUCCUGUCAAGGUCAUGAAUGUAUCCAAAGAAAAACGCAAAAAUGAUAGUCAUAUUAAGGCAGAACAAUGGACUCAAAAGUACCAGAAAAUAUUAAAGGGGAGUGGUAAGGUUAUAAAUAUGCGAGCAAAGCUGCCUCACAGGAGGAUCACCAAACAGAUUCAUGGUAUAACCCCAAGAAUUUGGAAAAAGCCACCAAUUCUGGAUCAACUGAGAUCGGAUGAAAAGAUUCGCAAGAAAGAGAGUAAAACUUUUGGUAGCAGAUCUUUUCACUCAAAUAAGUUUAAUAAAAAUACUCCAGUUGCUAACAAGUUUAUGGAAAGUGCUCCUCCGGUUCUGGAUCUCUUAGAGCAUAAGUGAAACAGUAGUAGUUCUAAAGAUCUUGCGGAUAGAGAGAUGUUCAGAUUUAGCUUGGAGCCAAGGGAGUACUUUGAUGAAUCAGUGAACCCAUUCAAAACUAGGAAUAAUAAAGGGAUGAAGACAGGCUCAAAAAUUUCUUCUAUAAAAUCCCAAUCUUGUAGCUCUAGGAGGUCAUCGAUUUGGAGCCAAGCUACCUUACAAGCGAAUUUCGAAGAUAUCCUGGAGCAAGCUAAUGAAUUAACAAGCACUGUUAAGUUUAUACACCUUAAACAAAACAUGUUCAAGUAUGGUACAAAGCAAGUCUGAUUGCUUUUGAAGUCUAAAACUAUCUAUGUUAGAACUGGAGGAGGAUAUAUAAAAAUCAAAGAAUUCCUGAAGAAAAAUAAGCUUAUCGAAGAAAGAAAAUUGCUUGGUAAAGGAGCCACCAAGCGGCUAAAUUUUGUAAAUAUUCCUAAACGAGCAAAAUAUUCAAGCACUACACCUUGAAACAUCCCCCCUAUCGAUAUAAACUACAAGGAUAUUUGCCAAACAGGGUACCCUCAGAUAGUCAGUACCUUCCCAGAUGAAGAGGAAUGAUAA